GACGGAGCAACGCGCACGCGCCCUUUAGUUUCUUCCUAAUAGCAAUGGCGUCCUCCAUAGCGGUGUGCAGGUUACAUAUGAGGGGACGGGGCAGGCUGGUGAAGUGCUUACAGAAGGUCGACACAUUUCUUCACAGAAGUAUUGGAACAAACGUGGUCGCAGCGCAAAGUGAGGCGACUCGGAAAGACGAAAGUGAUGAAAAGGAAAAGGAUGGACGCAAGUCAUUAUAUGUUGUCCAGGCGGAGAGACAAGAACAAGCAGAGAGAUCUGUCCUCAUCAGCUGCAACUCCAGAACCAAUGAGAAAAAGUUCCUCAAGCAUUUAUCAAGACAUGGAGAUAUCAAGAAGCACUUCUUUUAUGAAAGCUAUGGCAUGUAUGCUGUGGUGGAGUUUGCCAACCAGGAAAGUGUUGCCUCUCUGCUUGAAGAGGCCGCCAUCCCCAGUGUCAGCCAUGAGUCCAUGGUGCCUUUUAAGUCGAGACUGCUAUCACUGAGAAACGUUGGCUCUGUGGUGUCACCAAACCAGCAGCCCGGCCACCAGUGCCAACCACAAACCACCAUUCCCAUCAAUGAGCUCAUACAGAGACUGUCCAGAGAGGAGAGUAUCGACCAGCAGAUAACCUCCCUGACAGAAGCCUAUCAGCUCACAGAGGAGAACAGCAGGCUGCGUUUUCUUGUCUGCUCCCUGCUCAAGGACAUUGCUGCUGCUUAUUUCCCAGAAUGCAACAUUAAGCCAUUUGGCUCAUCGGUGAACGGCUUCGGGAAGCUGGGCUGUGACCUGGACAUGUUUCUGGACCUGGAUGGCAUCAGUGGGAGGAAUGUAAAGAUGCCAAAGUCAGGUCUUUGUCUGGAGUACCAGAUGAAGAGGGCCAACUCAGAGCGUGCUGUCACCCAGAGCAUCCUGUCUGUCAUCGGGGAGUGUGUGGACCAGUUUGGGCCGGGAUGCGCUGGCGUGCAGAAGAUUCUCAAUGCACGAUGCCCCCUGGUCCGUUUUGCCCACCAGCCCUCUGGCUUUCAGUGUGACCUCACAACCAACAACAGGGUGGCGAUGAAAAGCACGGAGCUGCUCUACCUGUACGGAGAGCUGGACCCGCGGGUGCGUUUCCUGGUGUUCACUGUGCGCUGCUGGGCCCGAGCUCACGGGGUCACCAGCAGCAUCCCCGGGGCCUGGAUCACCAACUUCUCCCUCACAGUCAUGGUGCUGUUCUUCCUGCAGAGGAGGAGCUCUCCCAUAAUCCCCACACUGGACCACCUCAGAGACCUUGCAGGUCCCACGGACAAGAGCGUGAUAGAGGGGAACGACUGCACGUUUGUCAGCGACUUCAGCAAAAUCCAGCUCCGCAGCAACACCGAAACACUAGAGCAACUACUGUGUGGAUUCUUUGAGUUCUACGCUGCUUUUCCAUUCGGCAUGAAGUCCAUCAAUAUCAGAAAGGGCAAAGAGCAGAACAAGCCAGAGGUGGCCCCGCUGCACAUCCAGAACCCGUUCGAAAACUCUCUGAACGUCAGCAAGAAUGUCAACGCCACCCAACUAGACCGCUUCGUGGCUUUGUGUCAGGAGAGCACGUGGCUACUCCAGAAGAGUGAAACCAACACACCCACUCCCACACCUUGGGGACUGGCUUCCCUCCUCCUGCCCUUACAGGUUGCAGGGAUCAAAAGUCGCAAGAAAAGGAGACGCGAGCCAGCAAGUGAGAGGAUUAAGAGCUUGUUAGAAUCCUUGAAGAAUAAAAAUGAGCAAAAGACGAGUUAAAACAUUUUAAGGAACAAUCAAAAACAAUCUUUGUCAUCAUUUCGUCAUCUUACAGACUGGUGCUCCUGUCUGUCUCAUGUUGGAGGUGAGAAAAGAGCAGGAACAUCCUCUGCAAUGGUUCUGCUGGACUGUAGUUCCCAACUUGAACACUGGAGGGUGUAACUGAAGCAGUGUGUGCACAUGUUUGAGACCUGAAAUAAGGGAGUGGCUACUGUAUAUUUUACUGUAUACUUACCUGCUCUGUCGUAAUUAAAGGCAAUACUGUGGAAACGAAAAGUCCUACCAGAUAGUCACACAGGAGACUGUAGAUUCACAUGUUCAUUUAAUCAAAAUCUGUGUAACAUAUCAAUCUGUUAACACCGUCAAACAAAAUCACCAUGGAUAUUUGUUUUGUGUUUUGUUAAUAUUACAAUAUUGAACAAAAUAAUCAAGCUUUUAUUUUAAACUGAAAACACUUGGGUUGGUUAUUAUCAGGCUCUGACAAAGGCAUCAAAAAUAUAACUGAAUCCAUCAGUAAAAUCAGUUAAAUAAUUAAAUAGAUAGGAGUGUAGAAAGAAAUAUAAACCUCAUACUUUUCCUAAAUCUUCAAUUAAUUGGUUAAAAAAGAGAAAAGCGACUGUUGACUAGCUCUUUCUUUUUAGCAGUUAAAAGACUUUGUUACUAGUUAGCUUGUCUAAAAACACUGAACACCAGCAUUUUCACUGCUA